UAAUCCAAAAAAUGGUCAUAAGUUCUUAUGGCGUGCUUGUGAGAAAGUGUUUGAACAAAUUAAGUGUAUGAACAUUUCAAAGAUCAAAUGAACACUGCUAUGAUUAAAUAUGCUUUGAAGAAUGGAGUCCACCAUAUGAUAGAAUGUGGCGAAAAUGUUGACUUUAGUUGGGCAGAAGUUGUCAAAGUUGUUGGUGCGAGGUUAAUGGAUGUGGAAGACAAUGACAUGCAUACCAUUAGGUCUGAAUUACCAUUAGAAGAGUGGAAAUACAUUGGUGAAUCAACAAAACAUAGAGAAUUGUUUUUAAAAUUAAUUGAAUGUGGGCGCAAUCGCAGUGUUGAGGUUAAAGUGGUGGGCAAUGUACGUGCAAUAUUCUCAGAAGAAUUUUGCAUUGGCAAAGGAAGUAAUGCAACCCGUGUUUAUCUUGGACUGGGUAAGGAUGGUUACGGUAAAGCAGUCAAACGAAUACAUCGAGAUAGCUUUAUCCAGCUUGCACAGCAAGAAAAGAAAAUUUUGAAUGAUAUUAAAGCAAGAAAGUCGAAAUAUGUUGUGAAUUAUUUCGACUUAGACGAAGAUAAUGGAACGGAUUAUGUUUAUUUGAUCUUAGACUUAUGUGAAGAAUCACUGGUGAAGUUUGUGGAAGUUUCUACUAAGCAUGAUCUUCAAAAAGCUCUUCCUGAUAUUCUUAGACAAAUUUUAAAAGGAUUAGCUGAUCUUCAUAGCGGCCCAAAUCCUAUUCUUCAUCGGGAUUUAAAGCCUUCCAAUGUUCUGCGAGACUCAAAAAGUCAAUUUCUGAUAGCUGACUUUGGCAUAAGUCGAAUAAUGAAGAAUGACACUUCAACAUUUGACAGCAAUUCUUCCAUGGGAACCCAGGAUUGGAUAGCUCCUGAAUCAUAUCGCGAAGAUCAUGAUCCACUAAUUAAAGCGCGUUACAAAAGAAAAUCUGAUGUAUAUAAUGCAGGGAUGGUAGCUUAUUACGUAACAACAAAAGGAAAACAUCCUUUUGGAACUAUACCCUACAGACUGAUUAACAUGUUAAAUGGAAACCCUGUUGGUUUGAAAGAAAUCGAGGAUGAAACACUAAAGGACCUUCUGUCGUGGAUGUUAAAUCUAAAACCUGAAGACAGACCAUAUUCUAACGAAGCAUUAAAACACCCAUUUCUCAUGUCAGAUGAUGAGAAGUUUGAAAUGUUAUGUGAAGUUGGGAAUUUUCAUCAGAUUAAAGCAAAUUAUCUCCAGUCAAGUGUCGUUCAACAAUUGAAUAGCAAAUGCGUACUUUGGAAAAGUCAAAUUAAUUGGGAUGUCUAUGAAUAUUUUCGCACCUACGAGAGAAAUGGAAAAAUCUAUAAGGUCCGUUAUACAUCUUCAUGGGCAGAAUGCUUAAGGCUCAUUCGAAAUACUCGCCAGCAUUGGAACGAUCGGCCUCUACCGCAACCAGAAUUAUUUUACAAGAUUGGCGAUUACAGGGCGUAUUUUCUCCGAGCAAUUCCUAAUCUCCCUGUUCGGGUACAUGCUGCGGUCAGGUCAAAUAAAGAAUUGAAAAACAAACCAGAACUCAAGAAAUUUUUUUCUUUUAAUGAAAGCGAACCAAAUCAAUAAAACAAUUUAGACACAACAGAACCUGUUAGGGGUUAAAAAAAUAGUUGUUAAAAAAUCAUUGAUACUGUAAAGACCUUAUUUUAUAGAUAUAAAGGAAAACAGUUUCCACAACGUAUUUAGAUGAUAUUUCACCACAUUUCUGGUGAAUCUACAGCCUGUGGUAUUCAUUUAUACAAUGCAAUAUACCUGAUUAUUUAAUUUUUACUGUAAAUUGUUUUGGAAAAAGACUGAAGGCGAAUAUGACAUGUAAAGUUAACUUUUAUGUUUGGCUGCACUGAUAAAUUUUGCACUACAUUCAUCCAACAUAAUACACUUGUAUACGAUAUAGAAUUGUAUUUGGGAAGUUAUUAUAAUUACUAAAAGUCUGGCAUUGGUAUUUUGAGCUCUUGGGAGUUCCUUACCGUAUAAACCUGACCAUCAGGAGUUGUGCAUAAUUCCAUAAGUAGAAUCUUUUGUGUUUUACUAUCUCACAUUAAUUACGUAGCUGAGCCAUAUAAAAUUGUUGAAUUAAAUAACAUUUUCAUGAGAUUGAGUGAUUGACAGCAUUUUGUCUGAUUAUUUGUAAAUGGACUCAAUAAGAUUUUAAUUAAUUUUAUAGAAAAAUAUUCAUAGUUUUCCUCAUUUUCUGAUAUUUUGCUUAUUUCAUGCGCUGUAACCAUGACAAUUAUUUUGUGCCUAAAUCCGCACAACUAAAAUGCAAGUGCUAUGUAUUUAAGAUUUCUUAAAUGAAUAUUGAAUAUACACCUAAAUACACGUAAGGUUAACUA